AUGUCCUCGCAAAUCCAUCUCGUCCGCCACGCGGAAUCAGUCCAUAAUGUUUCCAAAGACUUUUCUCAACUCGACCCCGGCUUAACACCUCUCGGCUUUGAACAAGCCAAAGGGCUAAUCCAAACCUUCCCUCACGCAUCCCAGGUGGGCAUAAUACUCACUUCCCCUCUACGACGUGCUAUCCAAACCACCAUUGCUGCUUUCCCGCACGUUCUCGAUAAAGGGUAUUUCCCUUCCGACUCCGGGCACGGCAUCGACAAUGGCGCACGACUUGCUUUGGAUCCGGAUUUGCAGGAGCGCAGUGAACUUCCCUGCGAUACGGGGUCUCCGGCUGAGGCUCUGGAAUUGGACUUCCCACGACUGGGAGUGAAAGAUUUGGGGGAUGGUUGGCAGGUCAAAGAGGGGCUGUAUUCGCCAGAUGACGAGGCAGUGGAAGAGCGGGCAGAACGUGUGAGAUCCCGGGUUGCAGAGAUAGCUCAGGAUCUAAAAGAUGAAGAGAGGAGUCAUGUUGUGAUUGUGACGCAUGGUGUUUUCAUGAAGUUCCUGUCUGGAGAACCUGAGAUUGAUCUACCAAAGGCGGGUUGGAAGAGUUAUACUGUUGAAAAACAGAACUCUGGAAGUAUUCUGCUGCCGGUUUGA